AUACCGAUCCUUCAGCGGUUGAGGCCACGCACCAUUUUCUGUUGGCGUUUCGUCUCGAAACCACAGAACAUUUCGGAUUUUCUGCAACCGACCACGGUUUCAAAUCGAAGCAUAGAAAAAAAAUAUUUUUUCUGAAAGAACUUGAACUUUUGAAUUCCAAUCAGAAGAACGUGACCGUUUCAUUCGAGAAAUAAUCGAUAUGGUAUUUUUCUUCGUGUGAAAUAAAAAACUUGGUGUUGUGACGUGUUCCGGAAAAUGUUGAUGUUCGGAAAAUGAAAUAUCAGAGACGUUCGGAAAGGCACAACACGAAAAAGCGAAAGAUGUGGUUCAGCACACUACGAUUCAAAAAGGCUGUUAUAGAAACAUUUUAAUGACCAUUUCACAUUUGGGAUAUGAACCUCAUAAACAUGGACGCGGAGAACCGCGUAGUCCUGAACGUCGGAGGCAUUAGACACGAAACUUACAAAGCAACUCUGAAAAAAAUUCCAGCGACCAGACUCUCCAGGCUAACGGAGGCUCUAGCAAACUACGAUCCAAUUCUGAAUGAGUAUUUCUUCGAUAGGCAUCCUGGAGUGUUUGCUCAAGUGCUCAACUACUACAGGACCGGAAAAUUGCAUUAUCCAUCAGAUGUCUGUGGUCCAUUAUUCGAAGAGGAGCUUGAAUUUUGGGGACUGGAUGCGAACCAGGUGGAACCUUGUUGUUGGAUGACAUAUACUCAGCACAGAGACACCCAAGAAACACUUGCAGUAUUGGAUCGACUGGAUUUAGAUACAGAAAAACCAAGCGACGAAGAAGUAGCCAGGAAAUUCGGAUUUGAAGAGGAUUACUUCAAAGGUACCCUGUCAUGGUGGCAGCAUUUGAAACCGAAAUUGUGGUCAUUAUUCGACGAGCCAUACUCUUCAACAGCAGCGAAGGUUAUCGGCAUCCUCUCAGUAUUCUUCAUAUGUGUAUCCAUCAUAUCGUUCUGCCUGAAGACCCAUCCCGACAUGAAGGUCCCCGUCAUAAGUUUGAAAAGGGUACGAACUCCAACAAACGAAACCGAUCAAGUUCCCGAAAAGGUGGACACAGACGCUCAUAUCGUAUUCUUCUACAUCGAAUGCAUCUGCAACGCAUGGUUCACCUUCGAGAUCAUCAUCAGGUUCAUCGCUUCUCCCAGCAAGUUCGAGUUCAUAACAUCCUCGGUGAACAUAAUCGACUACAUAGCGACCUUUAGUUUUUACAUAGACCUGCUGCUGAGAAAAUUCGCCUCUCAUCUGGAGAACGCCGACAUAAUGGAAUUCUUCUCCAUUAUCAGAAUAAUGAGGUUGUUCAAGCUCACCAGACACUCGUCAGGGUUGAAGAUCCUGAUACAGACCUUCCGGGCAUCCGCUAAGGAGCUGACGCUGCUGGUGUUCUUUCUCGUUCUGGGCAUUGUGAUAUUUGCUAGUUUAGUGUAUUAUGCGGAACGUAUACAGACCAAUCCGAAAAACGACUUCAAGAGUAUACCGUUGGGGUUGUGGUGGGCGUUGGUCACGAUGACCACCGUCGGUUAUGGAGAUAUGGUGCCUAAGACUUAUGUUGGGAUGUUCGUGGGUGCUCUGUGUGCUUUGGCGGGCGUAUUGACGAUCGCCCUUCCCGUACCUGUUAUCGUAUCGAAUUUUGCAAUGUAUUAUAGUCACACGCAGGCAAGGGCAAAACUACCCAAGAAACGAAGGAGGGUACUUCCAGUAGAACCCACGAGAGGACCCAGGAUACCAGGCCAAACACCGUCAGGAGGCCAGUGUCCUGCGGCAAAUGCAGCAGUGGCGGCACAAAAUAGGCGAAUGAAUGCAAUCAAGGCAAACCAUCCGAAAGACAACUCAAUAGGAGCGCCACCAAAUCCAAAAUUAGGUAUCAUCGCUACUCUGAAUCCGAAUGGCGUUGGCUUGGACUCAAAUCCAGCUCUGGUUAUCUGCAAACCGAAGCUGGAAUUCACUCCAUCGCAGGUGAAUCUAACCCAGGAUACAGGACAAACUUAUACGACAACUCUGAAAUCGCCCAAGUGAAGCUGCCACUUUUGUUCGAAGACAAAAACUAGAAUAAAGUUUCAAACUCAGUUACAUAGAUAAAGAAAUAGUCUAUAAUACCUCGUGGAAGAGAUAAGGAUAAAUGUUUACUUCAAUAAAUCAUUUCAUAUCUACUAAACCUAGGAUAUUCUGCUAACAUUCAAACUGUAUUGGGAGUAAACAGUAGCAUUUCAUUGACUUUUUGUUGUUUCAAAAGUAACAGUAUUAUUCGAUUCGGAAAUUCAAUUACGGUGUUUUGACCAGAGUUUCGUUCUAAGUUGGCUUCGAUAGGUAUUUCUGUUUUCCUGAGAACUGCUAACCGCCAACUUCAGCUUUUUCUUUCAAUCCCCGAUAGAGAAUUGAAAACUUUCAAUUAUUAGAUUGAAUGACUCGAACUGCUGUAGGUAUUUACCACAACAGUUCUAUAGAAUUGAAUAAUUCAUUUAUAUGAUUUUGUUGAUUAAUUCUGGAUCUAUGGAACGCUACUAGUUCAUCUCGAAGGAAACUUCACCGCAAGCUUUCAACGAAUUUUAACGAAAUAUUCAACUUCAACAAAAAUAAAAAAAUAUAUAACUCUUGCAUGAUACGACGAACAAAUUUUUGAAAGAUACUGACCAGAUUUUUUCAGGUAUAUUUUUUCGAUCUGGUAGCUAUCUUCAUUUAACGAUAAUCAAUUUUUUUUAUGUGAGCGUUAGUAAAUCCAAUUAAGUAAGUCUGUCUCUAUGCGUAUUGAAGAACCAACCUCAAUUGUAAAAGUGGCAACAUAUUCCUUUAUAAUUGAAAAUUCAUGUGUAUAUAUGCGGAGAUUUUACACAUAUACAAGGUUGGGAUGAAGUAUGGAACCAAGUGAAUAUUUUUUGAAAUAAAAUAUUUAUGAAAUUUUGCUGGUGAGUGCAAUGACACAAAAUGGAUCUGAUUUUUGUGGAAAAUACAUUUCCGGUUGAAUCGGACAUACCCUCAGCUUUCUUAAUUUAUAUAUAGGAUAUUAUUGAUGAAAGUGAACAACAUAAUAGGUGGAGAGGUUUUGGAAAAAGUGACUCAAAACUUUGUUUAUAGAAUGGCACAUUGUCAGGAGGUGGACGGCGGGCAUUUUGAAUAUUUGAUUUAAUUUUGUUCGAAACAUUUUGCUCAUUAGUCUGUCGUAAAUAAAUUAAGCUAUCCUGAAAGAAAAUUAUUUCUCUAUUUUAUAAAUUUUUUACACUAAGCCCAGAAUGUGCGCAUUCAAAAUCCCAGGUUCUUUCAAUAUCUGCAAAGAAAGACAGGAAGUCCCAUAUAAAUUAAAAAAAGUUGAAAGCAUUUACGGUUCAACCGGAAGUAUAUUCUCAACAAAAAAUUGUACAUCAGAUACAUUUUGCGCCAUUGCACUUACCUGCAAAAUAUCAUAAAUAAUGUCCUUUUCUUCCAAAAGAUAUUUACUUGGUUCUAUACUUUAUCCCAACCCUACAUUCGCGUUACAAAGUUACAUUUACUAUCGAAUAGGUAUCUUCAAUAUGUUUAUUGAAUGUCGCCAGAAAAUUCGGAAAUGUUGAUAGUAGAAAUAUUAUAUUCAAUGCUUUUUUCAAUUUCAAAGAGAAUCAGUUUCCAACAUUCAAGAUAAUAUUUGGUACAUACAUAACGGGUGAAUUUUUGGAGUUGAAAACGAGACAUCUCAUGGAAAAAUGUUCCUAAUAAAAAGUUGAUGGUUUUGAACAAAAAAUCCACUAAUGCCACCACCUCUUCUAUUUCCUUCACCCUUGAAGGGGGAGGGGUGUCAACGUCGGAUUCCUCUUUAUUGUAGGGCAGAUUUAAUUCUUCAUAAAAAAAUACGAAAGUUUUUACGAACAAUUUUUCACGAAUAGUAGCAGAUAGCUCUGUAAUUGAAUUUGAAUAUUUCGUCUGAUUGACCCAAAUGUAUCCCUUCGAUUGAUUAUUCACAUAAAAUAAAAAUAGACUCGUCUUAUAUUUAUACUAGAUUCCAAAUAAAAGAGAUCCAUUAUUUUUUUCAACCAAAAAUAAGAACACUGGAAGAAAAAGAAAAACAAAAAGAAGAAAUUAUGUCGACAUUUCCAAAGGAUCAAUGUGCGGAUCUGCAAUAAAAAACAGAAAUUCCCAUUAGAAACUACAAAGCUGACACCCCUCUCCCUUGAAGGGUGAAGGAAAUAGAAGAGGUGGUAGCAAAAGUUGACUUUUCUCUUUAAACCAUCAACUUUUUAUUAGGAACAUUUUUCCUUAACAUGUGUCCUUUUCGAGUUUUUGAGUUAUUCAAAAAAAAAAUUCACCUGAUAUAACUAUCAAUUGAUUGGGUUUUUACUUCGUGAUAUAUAUUUCAUAUCUAACGAAGUCCAUCAUAUUAUUAUCUGAAAAUUCAGAUCCAAUAUGCUAAUGAAUGGAAGAAAAUUGAAAUACAUUGGCUCUAAUAUUGUUUUAUAAAACAAUGGCCUUUGAAUAAUUUCGUUGUUUCAUUAUUAAUAACAAUAAUAGCAAUAAUUCGCUAUGCAAAUGAAUUGAAGUUGAAUACAUCGUACAAAAAUCAAAAAUAUGAUAUUAUUUGUCUGAAUAUCUAAAUGAAAUGAUGAUAGACAUAUCUAGUAGGACUAAAUUUCAAUUCAGUAAAACGUUUGGUAAUUCUGUAAUCAGUAUGGAUUUAGAAAUGAGGCGAAUUUUUUUGAUAAAGCUAUAAAUAAAUCGAGUGGAAGCAUUGAUUGCGAAGUGCCUUUUUUCCUUCUCAUAAUGAACAAAGUGACCAUGCCUCUGAAAAUUGAAUCUAUUCAUAAUUUUCAUAGUACAUUGCAUUCUUGAAUAGAAUUAGGUAUGAAUAAUAAAUAGAAUUGUUAUACAAAUCGAUAUUCCAUUAUUCAAUAUGCAGGGAGUAAGCCUUAAUUCUUAAUGAACAACUUGUUUCGGGGUAUCUUCUUUUCAGUUAUAUAUGGAUAUGGUCACUUUGUUUGAAAUACUUACAUAUAUAAUUCUCAAGUUCUCUCUUCUCAAUACUUGUAAUGAAUACCUUCUUUAGAAUUCAGUACAUGAAGAUCAUAUGAGAUAAGUCAGCUAAAAAAAUAAUAGUUUUGUAAGGUCUUUGGGUGAUGGUUGGCAUAUCAAAAUAUCACAACGAGAAAAAUUUUGAAUCAAAAAUUUAUUGCCAAUAAUUUUUUCGUUUUUCCAUCAAUGAGUAGUUGAAAUCUCAAGUAACUAAGCCAGUACAAUAAAAACAUAUCAAUUGAAUCAAAAAUAAUAGGAAAUAAAUAUGUAUCUUUAAAUUGAAUGAACAAUUUUCAAUUGCCCUACAAAAUAGUGUAUCUAAUUUCAUGGAUAUGUAUUAUCUUCAUCAUUUAUAAUGAUAUUGUACAGAGAAAUUGAAAAUGUUUUGAAUUUGAGAAGUGCAGUCAUCUCCCAAAGAAUGAUUUUAUUGGGCUUUGAUCUGUAUCAUACAAUUAAAUAAGAACUAAAUCACUUACAAGGUAUUUAAAAACUUAUUAGUUUGCUGUUGAAUAUUCUAUUACAAGACUAUAAUAAGUUUUGAAGUAAGUAAACUUAUAAUUGUGAAUGAUCUCUAUAAAAUAAUAAUUAGGAUAAAAUGAACAAAACGAAAAAUGUAAGAAAAUAAGACGUAAAGAAAGCUGCAAAAAGGGACCAAAAAUAUGCACAAAUACAAGGGGCUUGUUGAGAACAUUGCAGGUUUCUUACUUCUUGCUAUUGAAAAAAAUAACAUCUGCAAGUGAAGAAAAAUAAAAAAAUUGUUUCUGGUAAAAUACUGAAUACAUCUCCCAAUAGUAUAUUUUCUGCGAUAUUUACUAGCAGAUUUUAAUGCUUGUAUUCCACUUGAGUCACCCUGAUUAUUGGCUCUAAUCAUAAGUACCAGAAUGAAGUAAAUUAUUGAAUCUACAAAAUGAAAAAUAAGAAAAUUUUCUUACUGAAUAAUAAAUCAUUCUGGAAUUGCAUAUCGGAAAAUUUUAAUCAUGAUAAAAAUUUAUAUUUAUUCUGCAAAUCAUUACAGGUGAAAAUAAUCACGAAAAUACAAUUCAAAGGGUUUAAACAAUUAGGUUAAAAUGUCUCAGUGAAAUCUGUUGAAAAAAAAUUAGCCUAAUGGAAUAGAUGAAUGAAAAAAAAAUUCAAUGUGUGUAAAGCAAUAGCAGAAUGAGAUGAGCUCUUUUCUAUUCCAACUUCAUGACAUCCGUAUCUUGGAUAAAGCAUAUUUUAUCAAAAGAAACAAUAUUCCUCACAUUUAUUUUUUGUAUUGUAGCAAGAUUAAAUUGUAAUGUUUCCAACAAAAAAGCCUCUACUGAUGAUAAAGAACUUAAUUUGAACACUCCUUUCAGCUUGAUAAAAGCACAUGUGAAUGAAUCAUUUGAUUACCUUAUAUUUUUAUCUCAGCUUCUGGCCCUGAUUGCAUUAUUGAAGGGAUGAGGAAAAAUGACUAACGAAAUAAGUCAGUAGACCGUUAUGUAGAUUUUAUAUUGAAGUUACUAGAUACUAUUGAAAUCUUUUUGAACUGUCUAUGGGUCCACGAAUUAUGAAUUUGGCUGAAAAUUUUCAACCAUCAGUGAAACAAUUAUUUUUAUUUCAGUAAAGCAAGAAAUGUUUUGUAGUGUAUACUUGGUAUCAAUUAUUUUUAAAUGAAUUCUACUUUUAAUUCAAUUCCAACUUAUAAAGAAAGCUCGUAUAGGGUGUUUCUGUAUUGAUGCGAAAGAUCUCAUUUUUAUACCUAUAUUGGACAAAUGUCAUCGAAGAUUUCAAAUGAAAUAACGAUUAAAUUUUUGAUGAUUCAAGCGAUAAAUCGACGAUAACGCAUAUUUUCCCUCCACACUACCUCAACAGGUGUUUUAUAUAUGUGCAUUUAUCAUUUAAAAAGAUUUAAUUGUUUUGUCAGGUGGAUAAAAGAUAUUGGUUUAUGUGUCAUAGCAGAAAAUUAUAUUAUUAUUUCUUUUGAAUAAAUUUCCUUAGAAUCAGGACUAAACUCAUCAAAUGGAAAUUUUUUUUGUAUCAAAAUAUUAUAACCUUUCCCAUUCAAGAAGCAUUUUUUCGGAAAUAUUCAAGAUUCUUUCGAAGAAUUGAAAAGCUCGUUAUUUGGCAGAUAAUUGAUAAUAAUGAAAUUUGAAAUUCUGAAGGUUAACUGAAUUAAAAUUUGUCAAACCAGUUGAUCAAAAAUAAUCUCGUUCAUAACUUACAAACACUUUUUUCAUUUCAAGUCACAAUGAAGAUAAUCAGAUAAAGGCUAAGUCAUUCUACCUCCAACUUUUCGAUACUGAACUUUUUCUUUUAGAGUCGUUAAUCAGGCUGCAAAAAGUCGAAUAAUUUCAGUCAAAUUCCAUAUAAUAUCACGCAUUCGUCAAUGUUAGAUUGAAAAUGAGUCUCGCACUCAAUUCUUUUUCAUUAGAAACUAUUGUGCUCCAUCAGUUCAUUCAUUUCGCAUCAAAUCAGAAAUGCCUUACUUAAGUAAACCAUUUCAAGUUGAGAGAAUUCAAUUCUAAUUGUAAUCACAUUAAAAUUUUUUUAUAACCAAAUAAUACGAACAUUCAUAUCAGUGAACGCAUUUUGAUUCAUAAGAGGAUUUAAAUAAAUGAUGCAUCGAUACUCAAAACCAAAGUCAUUAAAUGAUCAUUUUAAUAAUUUUAUCUCACCUAAUUCCAAUUUUUUCAACCUGAGAAACAGAAAUAUCAAUAAGCAAUUUUUGGAACAUUUGAUAAUUCAGAGACUUAAUUGCACCUAAUGUUGAAUAUUUCAAUGAAGAAACUCUUUUAUGAAAAUGAUAUACCCAUCAUACUGUAUCUUCUUCUUACAUCAUAAUCUGUGGUUGAGAUUAUUCAGACAAAACAGCUUGUGUUUUAGGUACUAAAAUAUUCAGUAAGAGUUGUAAAUAUUGUUAUUGCAAAAGAAUGAUGAAUUUAUCGAAACUCAAUCUGAUGACAAAAUAUCUUCAGAAUUUGUUAAUUUCCAAAAAAUCAGAUUGUGAGAUCAUCCAAACAACACGCACAUUUGUUUAUUUACAAUAAAUUAUGAAUGACGAGUAAUGUUGAUGCUUUUUCAGUAAAAUUAAAACUAUUGCUUUGAUAAAGUUGAUAUUCAAUUUUAUGUAAAAAUCUAAUAAAGUUUCGAAAUCUUCGAUAUGCUGAUUAGGUACUUCUUUGAUCAAUUUUUUCCUAUUUUCAUAGUAGGUACUACAAGUUCAUGAUUAUUAUAUAUUGACGAUGAAAAUUUAUUCUGGAAAACUGAAGGACACAUUGAUCCGAAAAUAUCGAAAUUUUGUUUCUAGGUUUUUUUAUGACUAACGAGUAUCUAUCCAAUGGUUAGAACGAGAAAAAACAACUUGCAAAUGUAAUAAUUAAACCAGUGAUCAAUAGAUCCAAAUGGUUCAUAAUAAUUGAAAAAGCUGUAAAACAUGACUGCUGGACCCUAUUCUCCACAUGUUAUCUUUCAAAACGUUUACGCACUUUACGAAUGUCAUGCGUUUUGGUAUUCUUGACUCCUGAACUUUCAAACGUACACGGUCUCGAAGCGAAUGAUUUUCAGCAUUCUUUUGAUGUAAGACGAAAUAGAACAAUUUUUAUUAAUAGAUCUAUUGGAUGAUGUUGAACAAAUAGAUCAGCGGAGAUAAAGACAGCGCGGAGAACCAUUUGAGCGAGAAACAAUUUGUUUGAAUGUUUCUGGUUAUCCUCAAAGAACAUGGAUGAUGACACCUCUGGACAAUAAACCAGUAGAAGGAACUCCAAAACAUUAAUACAAAAAACAGAGAGAAAUCAGAAGCCUGAAAGAUGUAAUGGGGUUCUGAAGCUGUUUACUCAAGCAUAGGGUUCUUCAUUGUACUUCGGAGACAGCAAGUAACAUUAUCAAUGCUUGUGUAGUGCUCCAUAAAAUUUGCAUUGAAAAUACAAUUUACCGGAAACAGAAGACGAAGGCACAGGUUGAUUUGGGAUUAUAUGACUUCCUCAUCGAAAGUAGAUUUCGAGUAUAAGUGGAUAUGUGAAAGAUAAAUCCGCAAUUUGCAGCAGGUCGAAGAUUGAAAUGCAUUAUUUUAUGGGCAAUCAUCAAGCCGAGUAAUUUGAAAAUUUGUUAAACAAUUUAUCAAUAUAUAAUUUAAUGAUUUAUGAAUCCUUUGAUGUGAAAUGUAACUAAUAAAUUCUGAAUAAAUUAUUACUAUCUC